CAGAUCGCGGAACACAGGAUCAUAACCCCUCAUUUUUCUCUCCGACUUCCCCGCUCUUAAGUCUGUUCGCGGAAGCAAACUCUUCUCCCACGACAAAUCCCGAUCUCUCUCCGCAAUCGCACGCCAAAAAAAUUGCAAAACGAGAAAAACCGUCUCUAAAUCGUUUUCCGGAACCUUCCGUUUCCUUGCUGAUCAAAGAUGAACCGGUUCGUGGCGAGGAGUUUGAUGCGAGGCCUCAUCGACGGCUGUAACCACAGCCGCCGUGGCAUUUCGACGGCCUCGAGGGUGAAUCCGUUGGAGACCGUGGGACUGGCGAGGAACCACCAGAGUGCGAGUGCACUUGGUGGCCUUUACCGGACCAGAAUGAUAAGCUCGGUGACGCCGGGGCCCACGACCACCACUUUGGCGGAGAAGAAGGAGAUAGACAGAGAUGAAGGAGUGGAAUCGGAGAAGAGCGACAAGGCCGUGGUGGUGUCGAGCUACUGGGGGACGCCGCGGCAGAAAAUCAAGAGAGAGGAUGGGACUGACUGGCCUUGGAAUUGUUUCAUGCCAUGGGACUCUUAUGAGGCAGACCUGUCAAUAGAUUUGAAAAAACACCAUGUGCCAAAGGCUUUCUUGGACAAGUUUGCUUACAGGACGGUGAAAAUUCUUAGAAUUCCAACGGAUAUAUUUUUCCAGAGACGGUAUGGGUGCCGUGCAAUGAUGCUGGAAACGGUGGCAGCUGUUCCUGGUAUGGUUGGAGGAAUGCUGCUGCACCUAAGGUCUCUCCGCAAGUUCCAGCAUAGUGGCGGUUGGGUCAAAGCUCUGCUUGAAGAAGCAGAGAACGAGAGGAUGCACCUAAUGACCAUGGUGGAACUUGUUAAACCCAAAUGGUAUGAAAGGCUGCUGGUCCUUACUGUGCAGGGAGUUUUCUUCAAUUCCUUCUUUGUUGUUUAUGUACUCUCACCAAAACUAGCCCAUAGAAUUGUUGGUUACCUGGAGGAGGAGGCUAUACACUCGUAUACAGAGUAUUUGAAGGAUAUUGAGAAUGGUAAUAUUGAAAAUGUUCCAGCUCCUGCUAUUGCUAUAGACUACUGGAGGCUGCCCAAGGAUUCAACUCUAAAAGAUGUUAUAACUGUCAUCCGUGCUGAUGAAGCUCACCAUCGGGAUGUUAACCAUUUUGCUGCUGAUGUUCAUUUUCAGGGAAAGGAAUUGAGAGAGGCACCAGCCCCUCUUGAUUAUCGUUAAGAUGUAUUUUCUUGAAGAUUCAAAUAGAUAAUUGAGCAACUUAGCUUUUGUUUGUAUGUUGAAAAAUUAGUUUAUAAAUUGGGAAUACAUCCAUCAUGGAUUUUAUUUUGCAGUCUUGUUCUAUUUCAUUUAUAUUUGUUUUGGUCAGUUAAUUGGGAGUUAAAUAUUGCUAAAGUCUCUCUUGCUCUCCUAUGAGGAAUUUAGGGUUUUUUAAAAUCCUUUGGUUUCUCUGUAAUUUUGGUACUGUUUCUUGCGGUUUAGGACUGGUGACUCAAGGGCUUUGCAUUUGUGCGGUACAAGUAUGCUGAUGAGGCA